CCCCAGGGGCGUGGGUCUCCUUGGUAUCUCGAUCGCCGGACUGGCUGUGUUGGGAGGGAUCGGUGGCAGGCGCUGUUCCUGGGGGUGCUGGGGACCCGCUGUGAGAGCGAUCUCUGCCGUCUUAGGGGACCUUUAGCUGGAAUUCCUGGGUCCCUUCGGGGAAGGCGAUUCGGACUCUGGGUCACCCUAAGUCGGGUGCUGCGGAUCGUGGGACCUGGGCUCUCGGUGGAGGGAGGGCUGCUCUCUGCCUUGAUCCCCUUUGCCCUCGCCUCACCCAGGUGCCUCUGUCCCUCCAGUUGGGAGGCUAAGCAUGGGGAAGAGCUGCAAGGUGGUCGUGUGUGGCCAGGCGUCGGUGGGGAAAACUUCCAUCCUGGAGCAGCUCCUGUACGGGAACCAUGUAGUGGUCUCCCUCCCUCUUGCCCCAGGUUCUGAGAUGAUGGAGACCCAGGAGGACAUUUACGUGGGCUCCAUCGAGACGGACCGGGGCGUGAGGGAGCAGGUGCGUUUCUACGACACCCGCGGGCUCCGGGAUGGGACUGAGCUGCCGAGGCACUGCUUCUCCUGCACCGAUGGCUAUGUCCUGGUCUACAGCACGGACAGUCGAGAGUCCUUCCAGCGCGUGGAGCUGCUGAAGAAGGAGAUCGACAAAUCUAAGGAUAAGAAGGAGGUGUGGCCUCAGCUGGGACCAGCCCCAGGGCUCCGAUCUACACUCGCUGGCCAGGAGGUCACCAUCGUGGUCCUGGGCAACAAGUGUGACCUCCAGGAGCAGCGGCGUGUGGACCCGGACGUGGCUCAGCACUGGGCCAAGUCGGAGAAGGUGAAGCUGUGGGAGGUGUCGGUGGCUGACCGCCGCUCCCUGCUGGAGCCCUUCGUCUACCUGGCCAGCAAGAUGACCCAGCCCCAGAGCAAGUCAGCCUUCCCGCUCAGCCGCAAGAACAAGGGCAGUGGCUCCCUGGACGGCUGAACAGCUGCCGUCCGCCCCCUCCCAGCCCCGCUGAGCUCCUGGGGCCCUGGAGAAUGGUUGGGGCGAGGGGGAAACCUUGGCCAGGCAGCUGGGCUGUCCCAGGCCAUUUUGUCCCCACUCAACCCCAACAAAUACGAAUAGCCUUUAUUAGCGCCCCUCCUCUCAGGACCCAGUACUCCCUCCCAGCUGACACCCUCCCUGUCUUCACUGUCGCCCGGACAGGAAGAGGAACUACCAUACCACAAGUGCCCGAUCUAGGGUCUGGGGCCUUUUUGAUUUUGAGACAGGGUCUCAGGUGCCCAGGCUGGCUUCAGUCUUGGGUCCUCCUGCCUCAGCCUCCAAGUAGGUGGGAUUACAGUUGAGCGCCUGGCUAGGGUCUGGGCCUCUGACUGGGUGGCCAGCCCUCUGAGCUCCUGCCAGUUACGUGCAUGCAAGAGAACACACACACUCGAGGCAGCAGCCUGGACGUGAACAAGGGGUCCAGGUGUUGUGUGCAGGGUGCCAGUGUUAGGCACAGCCCCUCACCCCUCGGCUGAGCUGGCAGGAAGGAGCCAGCUCCUUUUUCCUCUGUCCCCUGUGUUCUGGUUCCUCUUCUGGCUUGGAGACCAGCCUACCUGCCAAGGCAACUGGUCUCCCAGGUCCUUUCCCCUCUGGUUGUCCAAAGCCUACCAGGGCUGCCGUCCUGUCUGUCUCCUCUCUUCACGGUGCUUGGUCCUAGCCCUGGCGGCUGGACUCAGUUCUCCUCGACCACCAGGGGGCAGCAGUGUGUCACCCUCGGUGCCCUCCCGGGUUGCUGCGGCCUGGUCUCUGGGCCAGUUUCUCUUAACCUCUGUAAACCCCUGCCCGCCCCAGUCAGGGCGGAACACGGUGCUCCCCUCGCCUCUGACCUCAGUCACCUGGACGGAAGCAGGCGAAGCAGUAACAGCUCCAGGAAGCUCAUAACCACCUCUCCAUGCCACUCUGGGCCUCUACCCUGCACCCAGCGUGGGAGAUGUGACGGCCAGGCGUCCCCAGCCCCGCCCGUCUCCCCAGGACAGGGCAGAACCCGCCAAGCAGGAGUCAGGUCAUGGAUCACAGGCUCCAGCCUGAUGUUCAUUUAUUGAUGCAUUCGUGGGACACAAUAAAACCACAACUGCUGUUAA